AAUUUAAAACCGGAACAAACAAAAGAAACCAAAGCAAAGCCCAGCAGCUGCUCAGAGUUUACGUUGAAGUGUUAAUAAACAAUAAACACACAGUGUGUGAGAAAACAGGAUUAUUUAAGGGACACUGACGAGCGGACUUCGGCUCUUCUUCACCUCCGCUUGGGGAAAAAAAAGAGAAAGAAAUGGAGAUGAUAGCACAACGUUAGACAAACAUCAGGAUUUUAUGUUUUUAUUUUAUUUUGCAGGCUUUUAUUUAGUGUUUUUUUAAUUUAAAUUUUUUUUUUAGUUAUAAUGAAGGGCUCCAAUUUUCCUGUGUCGAGGAGGAGGAGGAGGAGCAGCGGGGCGGCCGGGCUGCUGUACCCGCUGCUCGGUGCGUGUCUCUGGGCUGCGGUGGUCGGGUACAAGCCGGUGAUCAUAGUGCACGGUUUGUUCGACAGCUCAGGGGAUUUUAAAAACUUACAGCGGUUCAUUAACGAGUCUCAUCCUGGAACAAAUGUGACGGUCAUCGACUUGUUCGACAGGAGUGCCAGCCUGCAGCCCUUGUGGAAGCAGGUGGAGGGAUUCAAGGCAGCUAUUUACCCAAUAAUGCAAAACGCCGCAGACGGGGUCCACUUUAUCUGCUACUCACAAGGUGGGCUGGUUUGCAGAGGAAUCCUCUCCACUCUGUCUGACCACAAUGUUCAAUCUUUUAUCUCUCUGUCUUCACCUCAGGCCGGGCAAUAUGGAGACACAGACUACCUGAGGUACCUCUUCCCACAGUUUGUGAAGUCCAACCUCUACCACCUCUGCUACACUGCAAUUGGUCAGAGGAUAUCCAUCUGCAACUACUGGAAUGACCCUCACCACAGAGACUUAUACGUGAACAGCAGUGAUUAUUUGGCUCUGCUCAACAGCGAGAGAGCCAAUCCUAAUUCAACAGAGUGGAAGAAGAACUUCCUGAAAAUCAAAAAGCUGGUGUUGAUCGGAGGUCCAGACGAUGGAGUCAUCACUCCCUGGCAGUCGAGUCAGUUCGGAUUUUAUGACGACAAUGAGACCGUUGUUGAGAUGCAGCACCAAGAUUUGUAUUUAAGAGAUGUUUUCGGUCUGAAGACGCUGGCGGCUCGUGGAGAUCUGAUCAUCUGUUCUGUUCCCGGCGUCGAACACGUGUUUUGGCACUCGAAUGAGACGGUGUUCCACAUGUGCAUGGAGAAGUGGCUGGUGUAAAACAAAACUCUUUUACAGCACACACACACACACACACACACACGUGUUAAACUCUGCCUCUACAACCACUGUAAAGUAUCCUCGCAAACAUUUGUGAGUGUACUCUUAAGGAUGUAAUCUCAUUUUUUUGGAUUACAGUUAGAAAUUACUUUGACAUCAGUGUUGCCAGCGUUUGUUCUUCCUUGUACUUCCUGUACGUGGUCUUUUAUGCUUAUCUUUGUAACUAUUAGGUUAAUUUAAAAUGAAUAGUUUGACAUUUUAAGGCUUAUUUGUUUUCUUUUAAGGGAGUUAGAUAACAUGAUUCAUACCACUCUCAUGUAUGUGCAGUGCAUGUCAAGCUACAGCCAGUAGCUGGUUAGCUUAGCUUAGCAUAAAGACUGAGGGUAACAGCUAGCCUGGCUCUGUCCAAGAUAACCAAAUCUGCCUAACAGCUGUACAGCUCACUAAUUAUACAAGCUUUGUGUUGUUUGUUUAAAUUGCACAAAAUAUGAAGUGUAAAAAGGUUAUGGGGGGUUAUGUGCUGGACUAUUUCUUAGCCGGACACAGUUACUUUCUGGAGUCUUGUCAUCACUGUGAGGUUGCCAGGCAACCAGAGGAGACUCCAGGAAGCUAGCAUGGCCAAGAAAUAACCCUAAUAAGGAUAGCUGUUUCCCCUUUUUCCAAUCUUUAGACUACGCUAAGCUAACAGCUCAUGUUUAUCGUUCAGAUGUGAGAGUGUUAUCAAUCUGUCUUCUCUAAUUCUACGCAAUUAAACUUUACUUAAAUUAUUCAUUUUUUAACCGCGCUGAUGUCGGACAAAUCAGGCACAUCGCUGUGUGUGUUUGCUGAUAGGAUUUUCUCAGAAAAUAAGUACAAGGCACAAACUGUCAGAAGCAACAAAUAUAAAAGCAUUCUAUAGGCUUGUUAAGUUUAACAUUGAAGGAGCACUUCAGCAAUUUAGUAUUGUUUUUCUAUAAAUUAAAGGGACUUGUAAGAGACAGAUUUAUGAAAAAAGGGUCAAAAAUCAAAUGUAGCAAAAGCAGAUAGGCUGAAAUAUCCUGGCUUUUAUUCCCAAAUUAAUGCAACUCAGUUGUACCUUUUUAUUUGACCUUUCCUGUCUGACGUUGGCUUUUUUGUUGUUUUUUUGUCUCAAGCUGACUAAAAAUUGGUGAAGUGCCCUUUUAAUAUGAAAAUGCAAGUUUAUUACUUUAAAAUACUGAGCCCACAUACAUACAAUAUCCAUCCAUGUGUGUGUGUCUGUGUGUGUUUGGUCACACAUACCUCAAAACACCACACAACACAAGAGUGCCUGAGCGACGUUCUGUCAUCUUGUCUACAUGUACAGAAUCACUGCCCUGCUCAUCUUACUGUAUGAUGCAGUCAUUUAUAUCUAUCUUUCUACCCUUGCAUUUUUAACCCUGGGGUAGGGGGUUGGGGGGUGGUCAUGUUUUUAGAGUGAAUAUCAUGUUUAUUCUCAUUAUCAUGCAGUGCUUUGCAGCUUUAGUAGAUUAAGCCUUAACUCUUCCCCACAUGCCUCAGUGUUUCAUGUCCCAUACCGAAGUGCUAUGAUACACUGCCUUUAGUGAAGGUGCUAAAAUGGAUGGAGAGGGGUGGAGAGAGAGAGACAGUGGCCAGAGAGUGGCAGUGCUAUAUUAGUGUUUACUUGUCUACCAGACUUUUGUACAUGGCCGUUUGUACCUCCCAUCUCAUUUAGAUAUCUCAGGCGUUUUAGCAACCUUCAUGUUUGUCUGUUUUCUGUCAGAAAAAGGGAUCGGUUUCUCUUAAAUGUUUGUAUUCUAUUGGAUGUUUAUGGUUGCCUGUUGUGCUUAUAUAUGUUUCCCAAAAGAAGAAUGGAAAUAUCUUUUGUGUGAUAAAACAAGACGUGAAUUAAAAUUUUUAUGAGCAUAGCAGCAUUGCACAAUAUUUAACCAGAUAAAAAGAAGGGAAAUGAUGAGGAUGGGAUGAUUUUAACUGUUUUAAAGUUGUUAGAUUUGCAGUAUUACUUUUAAUAUUGUUGCAUCCUUUGUUUCAUGUUUACUUGUACAAAUUAGUUGACCUAACUGCAUAUGGUAGGUAUUUAAGGGAUGUCCUCUGUGUUUUCUUGCUUUACAAACAGUAAUUGUGGAUAUGGACAAUUUUUUAAAACCCAAACAGAACAUAGUAUUUUGACACUGUCCUACAAUUUCUACAGUACUUGGUCUGCCAAUGAAACUGUGUCAGAUGUUGUCAAUUCCUCAAUAAAAGACAGUUUUGAACGUC